UCUGUAUAAGUUUAAAACUGUCACUAAAAAUGGGCGACGAACCUUCGAGCCCAAGUGGUCAAGGCGGAUCCGACAGAAAAAUAACAAAGCCGUUGAUGGAGAAAAGACGUCGUGCUAGAAUCAACAGUUGUCUGACUGAAUUAAAAGCUCUCCUUCUAACGAACGCUGACGAGAAAGAGUCAGGUCGUUUUGCCAAGCUGGAAAAGGCAGAUAUUCUGGAACUAACGGUAAAAUACUUACGGACAAAACAACAGACCGCAAUCUGUGGUAACCAUACAGCUCUCUACAGAGCCGGCUUCAACAAAUGCAUGGAGGAGUUGUCCACAUUCCUGGGCGCUGAUGAUGAAAACUCGACUAAUUUACGACUCAAGCUCACCACUCACCUAGCCGAUAUCCUCUGCUCUAUGGAAAGAUUAAAGAAUGCAAGUUCAAAGGGCCACUCCGAGAGAUCAAACGUUUCACCGGGUCUGCAGGUGUCGAGCAGCAGUGAUGACGUCACGUCCGCUCCCAGUCUCAGCGAGCCUGCCGCUAUCUCGUCAUGUGUCCAGGCUACGGUCGGCAUAGAAGGUAAAUCCCCUGACGGGUCGACGGCCGAAUCGCCAGCAGCCCAGGGAUGCCAGCCGUGCCAGGUGAACAGAGCUUUACCUUUGGCUGUAAAUUCCAACGGCUCAUUAUUUCCAACGACUUUUGGCCAGGUAGAAAGUAGCGCUGCCAGCAUCCCGGCUUACACAACAAUCCCCCUGGUUCCCACCGUGCUAGCUCAGGGUCAGGUGCUACUUCUAGUUCCCAACACCACCAACAACAACAACAGCAAGAUUGGCUUUCAACUCCCAGCUUUGACAUCCAGCGCCUUGGGUAAUUUGUGUUCGCCACGAGAUAAGCAACCAAUCGUGCAGUCCGACUCGUCCAGAUUUACCAGCUUUAUCUGUCCCACGAGCUUUCCCAAGAACAGCCUGGUAUUCAACGAUAUUAACGAAUCUAAAUCCGUACCCCUGCAUAUCAUAAAACCAGAACCGGUAAUAGAGUCUGCCGAAUCAACUUGCGCUAGACAACUGUGCACAGAAUCUGUCAGAACUGGACAAGUCUUGAGCACUGCUAAUAUCGGGAAAACCGAUGCUAAAUCUGAGACAAAAGAGGAAAGAUGUCUCGUGUCACCGGCUGUUUCACAAUCAUGUGACACGAAAUGUACAGUACGAAAUAGCGACUCAGAUCACACAUCUUCAGAUCCUCAUGGGGCGAUGUGGCGCCCAUGGUGA